AGAAGUGGGAGCAUGUCCAAUUAGCAUCAUGCCUGAAUGAAAAUUUCAGAACGUCCUAUAGAGGGAAAGGACUGCUCUCUCAAGAAGAAGAAGAAACGCUACAGAACGUAAAAAGGUACAUUAAGUAUGAUAUUACCAGUCGUAAAGCUAGGAACCCUUGCUCUCAAAACAUUUUGUAAGCCCAUUGCUAAUCGUCUCAAGAAGGAAGCAGGGUUGCACCCUAAGUUCCGUCACUUCAUCAUCAACAUGGCCCAGGCAAAUCAUAGAUUCACAACAAAAAUGCAAAGACGCAUUUAUGGCCAUUCAGUUGAUGCUGUAAUACGACCAUUGGAUGAGGAGAAGGCUGUCCAAGCUGCUGCAGAUCUUAUUGGGGAACUCUUUGUGUUUUCGGUUGCUGGAGCUGCUGUUAUCUUCGAGGUGCAAAGAAGUUCCAGAUCUGAAGCGCGAAAGGAAGAGAAGCAAAGACAGGAAAUUGAGGAAACUAAAGCAAAGAAUUACAGUGAACACAAGCGGGGGAAUGAGAGCCCUGAAACAUGGGCGAUGAUGCAAAGAGAUGAAGAAUUAGCAAAAGAAAUUCAGGUUCUCAAACAGAAGCUUGACGAGGUGGAACAACUUGCUAGACGACGAGGUCCUGUUGGGUUUUCCCAUUUCAAGGACGGCCAUGCUACUGAAGAUGGAAAUGGAAAGCCAACUUGAUCACUCAUAAACUAAGUAGAGCAAGAAGUUUACUGGAAGAACUGACCUAACUUACUUUGCACCCUUGCCCCUCGCUAGGGAAAGUAUUUUUCUCCUUGCAAUACACUUCAUAUUUUCUACGUUGGCUGAACUUCAAUUCCAUGAUCUAUUGCGUUUCUAUAUAAUAUUCCUAGCUUCUUUGCGAAAAGGUUAUGCUCGGUUCCUCAAGUUUUCUGUUUGCUUUUACAGAACCCCGACAAUACUCGAGAACUGAAUACUUUGUACAAAAGCUUCAAUUAACUCAUGCGACCAGACAUCAAGUGCUUAUGAAGUUACCAAUUCUCAAAUCGACAGAAUCAUAUACUAGUGGAUCUAGGUCCCAUUUGUGGGUGAAAAUCAAUUACAUAUGCUUUGUGUUUAUGCUGGACCAUCUGCAUAUUGAGUUUCUGUUGUAAUUUUUCAGAUAUAUACAUACCAAUAGGUCUGGUCUUCAAUGGAAAUUCUAUCCUGAUUAUGCUUUAA